AGACUACUUCCUGAAAAAAAAAGUCGGUGAAAAGGACCACAGCAUGUUGGAGUUUUUUUCUCAAUCAAAUCCAUGAGACCUGUCCGAAGCGCAACCUUCUCGCCUGGCUAGAGCCCGGCCAAGGCCGGCUGCUGCGACAGCUGGUGGUCGGUAGUGAGUGGUCGCUACGGCACAUCAAGGAUGCUGAGACGGAUUUUUUCCUUCGGUUUCCUGUGUCUUGGGUGUUUAACGCAAGAAUGUGGUACUUUUGCUGCUGGGACGUCCGUAACCGCAUCGAGAAACCAGUUCUCGACGUCCUCGCGUCAUCUUCGCAGAACUAGUGCUGGUGCAAGGAAAGAGCAAGAUGUGGCGAUGGCUAGAAUGUUUUUCGACAACAUGGGCAUGCCAAACGACCAGGAAGAUGGCCACGACGACGGCGUAGAAGAUGAGGAUACUUCUGCGCCUUCUUCUUCUAGCAGGGGUACUAGAGUAAGAGGGCGCACAAGUGCCAGAAGUAGCAGACGCGGAAGAAGAGGUGGACGAGGCAUCUUCAAAAAGAACCGUGUUGCAGAUGUUGUACCAUCAAGUACCCAAGAACAACAGUUGUAUGCCUACGACGAAGCUGCGGAAGAUGAAGCUGCCCGUCGAGACGCACACUCUACUCAUGAAAUUACAUCUGAAUUCAUGAAACGAUUUGCGAGGAAUAUGCGACUGGCAGUCCUGACGGAUUCUAAAGGCGACAUGGAUGAGCGCAAACGACAACGCAUGAUUCGGGAAUUACAGUUAAGGCACGUUUUAACAUAAGAAGAGAAGUCUCUAAGAUCUAGGGCCAUCAACAAAAUUAAGGCUUAGGGCUUUCUUUUUCCAAUUACGGGUGGGGUCUACUGGAAGUGGGGCACGUUGUAUGAAUUGUGAGAGUUAUUUACAAGUCUAAGAAUAGUUGCUUUUUUUUUGUGAACACGUUGUAGGAGUCGUGAGCGCGCAUGCUAGGGCCAUUGAGAAGUGAUUCAGGUUAAGUGAUGGCUGUGCUGCCUUUCUUUCUGAUAUUGGGAGUCUUUUCAGCUACAUCAGCCCCUUCUACGUAAGUCACAAGAACAGGACGUUGAACUACUUGAUACGGCUAAUGCAAGAAGAAAAUGAAAGAGAUGGGACAACGAAUGCUGAGGAAAGAGACGGGACAACCGCUGAGGAAGAGGACGUAAAGGCAGAUGAGCAGGAAUCGGAGGUAGGAGAUGAUCCGCUUGUAUGAGUGGAAGGGCCUUGUUAUUUUGACACAGGAAUAAGAUUGAAGAUUCCUCGUUAAGGGCAAGGGUUCUGAAGAUUUUCAUUGUGAUUCUUUCUUUCUAAACUAUAAAUGUGUUAAUGUUGUCUUCGGGAUGAAAACUGAACUCAACUGAACUAACGAAUAUUCAGUAUUAAACUAGCAACGAGAGUACUUACUCUAGAGGAUGUACUUCUAAUAUCGCCCGUCCAGCCACAGCAGGAUCUCUACGACCGUCGCACAGUUGCACACCACUCGCACUCUCUACAAGAACGAAAACGAACACGACCAAGAAACUCUGGGAAAGUUGUUCACAUGCUGAACAAUCGUCCUCGCCGUUCUAGUUCAUUUGAUCGUACUAGGACGAAGGGAGGAGCCUUGCAACAUCAUAGUCGUGUUGAAGAGUAUAGACGGCAGAUGCAUCGCUGCAGGACAGUAGCGUGUAUGCAAGCCGUGGAGAAGAAACUGGCAGAAGCCCAUGAUACUGUUGGUAAAAAUGACAAGGCAAAGCAGGAAGGCCUGUAUACACCAGACAGGAGAUUGGACACACCGCAGCAGGACUUCGACACAGCUCAUGCAGCAUCUUCUCCCUUCGACGGCCACGAAGAUGUUGAGCAAGUAGAGAACCAGGUGGAUAACGACAACCAACAGAACGAGAAGAUGGAAAAUAGCCAAGUAGAUGAGAAGAUGAAUAACCAAGAACAAGAUGUGGAGAUCGUCAGUGGGCGGAAGGAUGCUGCGGUCAAUGAUGCUCAAGUUGAGGAUCAUGCUCAACCAGCCGAUGAUUUUCGGCAAUCCGAUGACUUUCACCAAGUCGAUGAUUUUCAACAAGCCGAUGAUGCUCAGCAAACCACUGAUACAGACCAAUUCGAUGAUACCCAAGAACAAGCAACACCUCUUUCAUCUCCAAGAUCUUCUUCUCUUCCACUUCUCAAUAGCGUGGACGUUUCCGGAACUGGGUCUGGAGAUGCCAAAAGCAACAGGAAAGAGGCCCGAAGCCGCCUGACGCAUCGUCGUGUAGGUCAAAUGCGAGUACUGGGAUUAUGGCCACUAGCUACUACAAGCCUAUAUAUACCAUUGAAGAUAUCUUAAUUCAAAUCUAUCAUCGUGCACGAAUAUAUGUGAAAAUCAAAUGGAAGGAGGCAAGCUUGUUACUACUCAGUGUGUGUUAGUAGGAGGAAUAGCUGCAAAUUACACCAUUUCUGUUAGAGAUUCUCUAAGUGCCGCUCAUGGCGACAUCGCACGGGAGGAACGAGAGCGAAGUUUUGAAUUGGAUCCUAAGAAACCAGGAGAAAUUAAGGGUUUCCACACUGCAUCCUUCACAACCAUCCUUGGCUCCUUUUCAAGGGGGAAAUAGGUCAAGGAUGUUCUGAAGAGUGCAACGCGGUAACCUCUAAAGAAAUGAUCCUCAACAUGGCUAAGGCGCUGUGGACCAGUUUGAGACUUACGGUUGGCAUUUGAGAUUCAGAUGGUGAAGAAUAGGACCACUACCUAGAGGUGCAAUUUAUUGUUUUUUCCGUUUAUUGUCGAAGCCGAUGGUAGAGAAUGAGCAUUUGAGACACAAUGAUGAUGAUACUCUCGAAGCAGUCAGUCUAGGAAGAAAAAGCCACCGUGCCCAUGCUCGGAGGAAGAGACCACGACGAU